AUGCGAGAUUGUCCUCAAAUGUUUGACAGGUUGACAAUGGAUGCAAAGACACCAUUGUAUAAUGGUUGUACUAGUUUCACAAGACUAUCAACGGUGUUAAAAUUAUUCAAUUUGAAAGCAGGAAAUGGAUGGUCUGAUAAGAGCUUUACUGAAUUACUAUCACUUUUGAAAGAUAUGCUACCACAAGAUAAUGUACUUCCUUGUCGAAUGCAUGAGGCUAAAAAAAUGUUAAGCUCUAUUGGUAUGAGCUACGAGAAGAUUCAUGCUUGUCCAAAUGAUUGCAUUCUUUUUCAAAAUGAAUAUGCACCAUUGGAUAAAUGUCCUAAAUGUAGAGCAUUACGUUACAAGAAAAAUUCAGCACCGAUGAAAGUGGUGUGGUAUUUUCCUAUAAUACCAAGAUUUAGGCGCAUGUAUCAUAAUGCAGAAGAUGCAAAGAACUUAAGAUGGCAUGCAGAUGAAAGGAUAUGUGAUGGAAAGCUUCGACACCCUACAGAUUCUCCUCAAUGGGCAAAAGUUGACCAUGAUUACCCUAAUUUUGGACAAGAACCAAGAAACCUACGUCUUGCUUUGUCUAUUGAUGGAAUAAAUCCGCAUGGUAUGCAAAGCAAUUCGCAUAGCACGUGGCCUGUGGUUAUGAUUAUAUAUAACCUACCUCCAUGGCUAUGCAUGAAAAGGAAGUUCAUGAUGUUGUCCAUGUUAAUUCCAGGUCCAAAACAAUCAGGGAAUGACAUAGACAUAUACUUGGCACCUUUGAUUGAAGACUUGAAGGAUAUGUGGAACGAAGGUGUAGUGGUGUAUGAUGGCUAUAUGGAAGAAAGUUUCCAGCUAAGAGCAAUGUUGUUUGGCACAAUUAAUGAUUUUCCAGCAUAUGGUAAUCUAUUUGGAUAUAAUAUCAAAGGGAAGUGUGCAUGCCCUAUAUGUGAAGAUAAUACAGAUUGGGUGCGAUUGGAACAUGGUAAGAAAAAUGUUUUUCUUGGUCAUCACAGAUUCUUACCUUCAAAACAUCGUUACCGAGGGUGGAGAAAAGCGUUUAAUGGAAGAAUAGAAGAACGUAGACCUCCAGAAUUGUUGUUUGGUGAUAAAGUUUUUCAUAAAGUAAAGAAUAUAAACAACAAAUUUGGUAAAACUUUUGCAGCAGAUCUAGUCACAUCUGGCUGGAAGAAAAAGUCAAUCUUUUUUGAGUUGCCAUAUUGGAAAUCCUUGUAUGUUAGACAUUUCCUUGAUGUUAUGCAUAUUGAGAAAAAUGUAUUUGAUAGUGUGAUAGGUACAUUGUUGAAUGUUCCUGGAAAGUCUAAGGAUGACAUCAAUGCAAGGUUGGACCUACUUGAUAUGGGAAUUAGAACAUAA